AUGCAAGCCGUCGUUAAGGUUCUAGCAGUCGCCUGCGUCUUCCAAGCAGUGUUGGCCGUUCCAUUCAAAUCUGAAGUUGAUGAACCUAAAUUGGAUGUAGUGCAACAAAAUUUGAUUGAAAACGAAAAUAACUUGGCCGAAGCUGUCAACGCCUUAGAAGAAAGACAAGAUGAACUGGAAGAUUCUUUAAGGGGCAAAAAGAGCUUAUACCAAGUUCCAAAGAGCUAUGUACCUAAGAGUUACUCAGUAGCUGCACCAGUACAAUCCUAUCAAGCUCCUGCUCCUGCUUCUUACCAAGCUCCUGUCGCUUACCAACCAGCCCCUGCUAGCUACCAAGUUGCAUCCUACUCUGCUCCUGCUGCUUCAGCCGCUUACCAAGCUCCUGCCGCUGCUCCCGCCGCCGUGUACCAACCAGCCCCAGCUGCCCAAGUUGUUUCAUACCAAGCCGCUGCCCCAGCUGCCUGCCUACGCUGCUCCCGCUGCCGCAUACGCCGCCCCUGCUCCAUCUUACGCUGCUCCUGCUCCCGCUUAUGCCGCCCCCCGCACCUCAACGUUGCUCCUGUUCCAUGCAGCCAAGCUUUCCAACCACCACAAGUGCAAUUGACACCAUACGUCGCUCCCCAAGCUCCAGUCGUUUACAAGAAACCCGCUGGUGGUUACAGGGCUGCCGAUGAAGAGAGGGAAGACAUGGUCAAGAACAUGAACUAA